AUGGAGGAUGAUCAUUUCAUCGCCCUCGAUCGUGCGGAGGUGCGGGGGCGAUCGGUUUCCCUCGUGGGUGUGUUGGACGGCCACUGCGGGCGUCGCGUGGCGGCGAUGGCGGCGCGGUGGUUGCCGGAGUUCUUCUUCGCCCAUGGCGCCCUCGGGGAUAACAACGCGCUCGCGAUGGUGGAAAGUAUCUUGCUCGCCGAUCACGCGAUUUAUAAACGGCUGCGUGGAGAAGGGGGGGAUGAAGGGGGGAGUUCCCUUCAUUUCGUCGAGCGCGACGGCGCCGCGAGCCGAGGGAGAGAGGAAAAGGAAGAAGAAGAAGGCGUUGAGGAGGAAGGAAUAGGAGGGAUAGACGGGUGCGUUCCCAGUGGCGGCUCCACCCUCAUCGCCGCGGCUGUUCACGGGCGGAUGUUAUACGUCGCCUGCCUCGGCGACGCCCGUGCGGUGCUUUACGACGGCCACACGACCAUCGCGAUGAGCGAAGAUCACAAACCCGCGAAUCCAAAAGAAAGCCGUCGGAUUGCGCGAUGUGGGGGGUUUGUGCGGUUCGGCCGCGUCUGCGGCAUCCUUGCCGUUAGCCGCGCGCUCGGGGAUUUUGAGUUUAAGAUGCAACGUGGCAGCCCCCGCGCCCCACGGAUCACCGAUCGCGAGAAAAACGACGUGAAAAAGAAAAAAAACAACGGAAACGACGACACCGCGCAGCCGGAGUACGCCGUGAGCAACGUCGCCGACGUCCGUCAGCUCCACCUUACCGACAACUCCACUUUUUUGAUUCUCGCCUGCGAUGGGUUGUGGGAUGUGCUGCUGAACGAAGAGGCGACGCAGUUCGUGAAGGAUUUCCUCAGCUACACGCCAGAUAUCAGCGAUCCGCUCAUCCACGCGGGGCGGCGUCCACGACCCCCACCCCACGUCAUCUCCCGGGUGUUGAAUAACUGCUGUCGGAAACUCGCGGAGUUCGCGGUCGACCGUGGGAGUAUGGAUAACGUCUCCGUGAUGCUGCUUUUCUUUCACGAUGUGGUGGAUUCGGUGGCAGGGUUUAAUCGGGGCCCCGGGGUCGUCGCGAAUGGACUCGGCAACGGCCUUUCAAUGAAUUGUAGCGGCAGUGGAAGAGGGGAGAAUCUGCCUCGAAGCUCCGGUGGAGGGAAGGAGUCGAGGCUGAGGAAGCCGUCCAUCCGUCAUCGCCGCCACCUCCUCCCGCCUGACUACGAGAUCACGAAGAAAAAGGCACGGCAGAGAGGCGGCGCGCGAUGA